CUGUUUGCCUGCAAGUUGACCAAACUCGUAUUUUAUUUAACGGACGCAUAUAACGCUUUUGCUUGAGUUGACUGUGAUCAAAAUGAGAUUUAAAUAUAUUUAUAGCCUUGCUUUACUUGUAGUAGUCUCUCAUUUAUCAGCACAUUGCGAGUUUCAGACUCUAGCGCAUUUAAAACCGCAAGCCAACGACAAGACUCAGGGAAGAGCUGUAGUGGAACUUCUGAGGCGUCUACUUGGAAAUAGAUCUCGUGAGUUCAUAGUGUUAGUCAACAGAACAUUAUCCAAUGAUAGUUUGGAAGUAUGUGAGCUCCGGUCGGCGAAAAACAAUAAAAUCAUAGCCACAGGCAGCACUGGGGUGGCUGUCGCCUCUGGGAUUUACAAUUACUUAAAAUACUUCUGUAAUUGUCACGUAUCGUGGUCAGGUAAUCAACUAAACAUUCCUCGCCCUUUGCCGCAACUCACAGGCGUACUGCGCAUCAGCACCCAACACAGGUAAGUGAACGAAACUUUAUGUGGAGAUAGUACAGUCCUCACAGGAUGAAAUAGGGCAAUCUGGGCUCAUAGACUAGACGUAACAUAGUAAACGUAAAUACGUGACAAAAUUAGUAAGAUAUGUUAUGUUUGGUAUGGUUACAUAAGACAGAUGGUUACUUAAGGUUAUGGUUACUAACCCAAAAGUUGCAAGUUCGAAACUCAUCAUGGGCAAUUUUAGCUAAUUAGCAACUUUUCAACUACUUUUGAGCUACUUUGCAACUACUUAGCAUGUUAGCUAACCCUUCCCCUAACCCCAACCUUAACGCUUUAACCUAACUCCUAAACAUAACCCUAACCUAACUGUUAGCCAGCUAGCAAAUGUUAGCCACCUAGCUAGAAUUCAUAUCAUACAUUUGCAAACUCAAAACAUAUUGUACAUUCUGAAAUUUGUAACAUAUUGUACAUUUAGCAAAUUUGUAACAUAUAAUACGAAUUGUCAUUUGUAACAUAUCAUAUGAAGUGGGUGAUGGACAUCCACAAAUUAUUACAUACCAUACGAAACAUUACAAAUCAUACUAAAUGGAGUCUGGAUUUACGUACAUGUAUGCAGGAUGUAACUAUGUAUGCAGAACUCAAUGGCAUGUUGUGCAUUAUCAAUAUCAUUUGCAUCUUACACACAUUUUUCGAGUUUAACUAAUUCAAAUAUCUCAAAUAGGGCCUGUCUUUUAUUGAAUGGUUGGGAUUAUCAAUUUAGGUUUAGAAGCUUUUAAAAAGCAGCUCAGGUGUGAAAAUCUAGUUCCAUCACAAAUAUGAGAACGCUAUGCAGUGCAUACAUACAGCCUUUAGAACCCUUGGCUUGUUACGAUCUCCUAGUGAGAUCCUUAUUGGAGCAGUGAGCAAGUUACCUCAUUCAUAGAUGCUAACUAUCUUUACCGCCUAUUGAUGAAUGUAUCUUCUUCCCGGGGGGACUUUUGUUAAGAGCCCAGACGCUCAGUCUGAAGGUGAACACACAUCGCUUGUAGUAUGGUUUUUGGAAACAUAAGGAACAUGGCAUAUGAGACACCUGUCUGAUUCACGCCUGUCUCAGUGGACUAAUCCAUUGCAUAGGCCACGGGGAUGGCUCACCAGUAGUACAUUUACCGUUAAUUCCCAUAAUUUCUCAUGUGUUUGUUUACGGUCAUUUCUGUUAAUGCAUUCAGUAUAUUAUUAUAACAGUCUUUUACCGUUCUCAUUUUCGAAGUGGACACGUUGUUUGCACAAUCUAAGCUACACUUGUGAGGAACAGGUUUUGGUUUAUUUCAUUCCAUUUAGGAGUUGUCAGUUUAUUCAUUGUUGAAUUUGUAGCGCUCCUGUCAAUGUUGAGUAAGGACGCGCACCUGAUUUAUACAUAGAAGUAGGCAUGGGCUACCUGGCCUGCGUGCAAAUGUAGGCCUAUAAAUGUGCCCAUUUGGGGAUCUGAUAGUAUUUCUGAUUGUCUUAACUCACCACCAGUGUGGAACGUUUUUCUUCACCUCAAACAGCAAGUCAGUUUUUACAUCCAUUGAGAAUGACAAUAGUUCCUCAACGUAGCCUAUUUGAAAAAUCUUUGCAGCUCUCUUUUGAUAACUCAGCAUGAAGGGGGGAAAAAUGUCAUGCUCUGACCGGUGGAAACGUCAUAAAAUAGGCCUACCUGAUUACUUCUUAUCCCUUGUGCAAAUAGCCUACAGAUGUGUCUGUCGCAGGAAACUCUGAGGGCCCAGAAUAUUUUAUACAAUCUUGCAAGUUUGCUAGCUCAAGCUUCAGGCCUGACCCAUCUUAAUAGUUGAUACAAUAUUUCAAGUUCCUUACAGACAGGCCAUGCGUAGCCAAUGUGAUUUAUAGGAUAUUUAUUUUUAUCAGGAUAUUUUCUACCUGCAAGCUGCAGUGUUUUUAUUUGUUGGCUCUAUGUAGGCUAUUUUUACAUAGUUGGCAAUGGCAAUAUAAGUUAAUUUUAGAAUUUUGAGAUACGAAGACUUUAAUAUAAAUUAAAUGAAACUAUUCCACGAAAAUAUGCCGAUAAAAAUCAUAACUGGCAUGCAGAUCGGUAGAAAUUGUAAGAUAAACCGACCCCUGGUGUAGCCUAUUUGGAGCAUAACAGCAGGAGCAUAACAGCAGAAUCUGCAAAGGCCAACAGUUGUUUUUAUUUUUGUUUUGGCUAUCUUGAUCUCUGGCUCCCUCCAGUCAUUUGUGUCUUAAUUAUUUAAUUACAGUGUGCUUAAAGCAUCAGACAAGCUCAGUAGCCUACAUAUAGUUGAUUUUAUUAAAACACAUAGGGUGUGUCUAUAUAGGGAUAAUAAUAAAUACAAAUUUAAAAAUGUUGACCGAUCGGUCGAAAGAACAGAUUACUCGAGGUUGACAAACUUUUUUUCAGUCCGGGACAGCCCUAAAGGGAAGUCUGUUUGGAUUUGGUUUCACUCCAAUCACAAGCAAAACUUCAUUUACAGAAAAAAUUGAAUUGUUGCAUCUCGUUGUGUUGUCCUCCUGUGGCUAGCAAGCUAGAUAAAAUCGUCCCUUUCCUAAAUUAGCCAUGGAUGGAGAUAGGGAUUUGGACUUGUGGUUUUACUUAAUUCUCCAUACUGGCCAAUGAUUAUAAUGGCGAUUCUGAUCCAACCAUAAAUUCAUACACAUUGUGCCCGUGGCCUGAGAGCAUGGAAGUUCAAUAUGUAGUAGGCUAAUGUUAACUAGCUGGCCUGGUGCAUCGUUGCCCAUGAAAGGAAGUUAGGCUAGCGAGCAAGCAUUUUAGCCAGGUAACCUAGGACAACAAAAUCUAAACCUGUAUUCUGAAUGACAGUCAUGAAAGAGAGGAGGAUGGCAUUGGCGUAUCUGAGUGUAACAUGUUUUUUCUUUACUUGCACGCACACACACAGAAAUCAGUACCAUGGACACCUACAUCAUAUUUAGCUUACGUUGACUGGACUAAAUUGUUUUUGGUAUCUUAGUUGUCACUGUAGUAGACUAGGCAUAAGGUGAUGUUGAAAGAUUGAAGUUGAAAUGGUGGAGGCAGCUCCUGUUUUCUUUGCGACUUGCGGUAACUCUGUGGUUCUAAAUCAAUAGUUGUUUAGUAGUCCGAAAAAUGUCUGAAACAUUAACUUGCUUGACCAUUCUGUAGUAGGUCAUGUACAGUGGGGAAAAAAAGUAUUUAGUCCGCCACCAAUUGUGCAAGUUCUCCCACUUAAAAAGAUGAGAGAGGCCUGUAAUUUUUAUCAUAGGUACACGUCAACUAUGACAGACAAAAUGAGGAAAAAAAAUCCAGAAAAUCACAUUGUAGGAUUUUUAAUGAAUUUAUUGGCAUAUGAUGGUGGAAAAUAAGUAUUUGGCCAAUAACAAAAGUUUCUCAAUACUUUGUUAUAUACCCUUUGUUGGCAAUGACACAGGUCAAAUGUUUUCUGUAAGUCUUCACAAGGUUUUCACACACUGUUGCUGGUAUUUUGGCCCAUUCCUCCAUGCAGAUCUCCUCUAGAGCAGUGAUGUUUUGGGGCUGUCGCUGGGCAACACAGACUUUCAACUCCCUCCAAAGAUUUUCUAUGGGGUUGAGAUCUGGAGACUGGCUAGGCCACUCCAGGACCUUGAAAUGCUUCUUACGAAGCCACUCCUUCGUUGCCCGGGCGGUGUGUUUGGGAUCAUUGUCAUGCUGAAAGACCCAGCCACGUUUCAUCUUCAAUGCCCUUGCUGAUGGAAGGAGGUUUUCACUCAAAAUCUCACGAUACAUGGCCCCAUUAAUUCUUUCCUUUACACGGAUCAGUCGUCCUGGUCCCUUUGCAGAAAAACAGCCCCAAAGCAUGAUGUUUCCAACCCCAUGCUUCACAGUAGGUAUGGUGUUCUUUGGAUGCAACUCAGCAUUCUUUGUCCUCCAAACAUGACGAGUUGAGUUUUUACCAAAAAGUUAUAUUUUGGUUUCAUCUGACCAUAUGACAUUCUCCCAAUCCUCUUCUGGAUCAUCCAAAUGCACUUCAGACGGGCCUGGACAUGUACUGGCUUAAGCAGGGGGACACGUCUCGCACUGCAGGAUUUGAGUCCCUGGCGGCGUAGUGUGUUACUGAUGGUUGGCUUUGUUACUUUGGUCCCAGCUCUCUGCAGGUCAUUCACUAGGUCCCCCCGUGUGGUUCUGGGAUUUUUGCUCACCGUUCUUGUGAUCAUUUUGACCCCACGGGGUAGGAUCUUGCGUGGAGCCCCAGAUCGAGGGAGAUUAUCAGUGGUCUUGUAUGUCUUCCAUUUCCUAAUAAUUGCUCCCACAGUUGAUAUCUUCAAACCAAGCUGCUUACCUAUUGCAGAUUCAGUCUUCCCAGCCUGGUGCAGGUCUACAAUUUUGUUUUUGGUGUCCUUUGACAGCUCUUUGGUCUUGGCCAUUGUGAAGUUUGGAGUGUGACUGUUUGAGGUUGUGGACAGGUGUCUUUUAUACUGAUAACAAGUUCAAACAGGUGCCAUUAAUACAGGUAACGAGUGGAGGACAGAGGAGCCUCUUAAAGAAGAAGUUACAGGUCUGUGAGAGCCAGAAAUCUUGCUUGUUUGUAGGUGACCAAAUACUUAUUUUCCACCAUAAUUUGCAAAUAAAUUCAUUAAAAAUCCUACAAUGGGAUUUUCUGGAUUUUUUUUUCUCAAUUUGUCUGUCAUAGUUGACGUGUACCUAUGAUGAAAAUUACAGGCCUCUCUCAUCUUUUUAAGUGGGAGAACUUGCACAAUUGGUGGCUGACUAAAUACUUUUUUUCCCCACUGUAACUGUUUGUUUGUGGACAUUUACAUUUACAUUUUAGUCAUUUAGCAGACGCUCUUAUCCAGAGCGACUUACAGGAGCAAUUAGGGUUAAGUGCCUUGCUCAAGGGCACAUCGACAGAUUUUUCACCUAGUCGGCUCGGGGAUUAGAACCAGCGACCUUUCGGUUACUGGCACAACGCUCUUAACCACUAAGCUACCUGCCGCCCCAGACAGAUGUUGCUCUCCGGUUUUGUGAUGAAACAAAGGUGUGGUUAAAUGUAUUCUGCCGCUGUGUCUUCUUAUUGUCUCGGCCUAAGGCCUAUAUAUCACGGUGGCAAGGGAUAUGAACUAACAGGUUAUAGAGCAAACAACGCAAUUAUCACAACACAAGUUGUAAUAUGGCUUUUUUUUCCUGGCUUGGCUUCCUCCGUGAUUUUACCAAUGCACCGCUACAGACUGAGAGGAUAGUGUAACGACCCCUGCCUACGUAGGCUCGUUACAAUCUAGGCUCGUUCAUUAAAUCGGCAGACAAUAGUGGUGAACGUGGGAAAAAUAUACAUCACACAUUCCCGUUUGACCCUGCAUGUGAAAUAUGUGUGUACUCUCUCUCGGAGUGUCAGCGUUUGCAUAUGACCAGUUCAGUGUUUUGGCUCUCUUCUGCUGCUUUUAUGGCACAGCGAAAAUCAGGUGGGGGGGGGUGAAGAACAGAGCAUUGUAACAAUCGAGUUUUCCUUGUUUAUCGUGAGGGCUGUGGACAUUUGUGCUGUGGCCGGACCCUUUAAAGCGAAAAUCAGUGGGGUGUGAAGAACGGAGCAUUGUUACAAUCGAGUUUUCCUUGUUUACCGUGAGGGCUGUGGACAUUUGUACCCUUUAAUUAUCCAUAGUGCAUUAGUCGCACCUCAGCUAACCGCAGCUAUGUCAUCAUGCACACAGUGGUUGGAUUGUAAAGUGCAUGGCAAGCAUGGGGCAGUUUUUCCUAUGACUCGACAUCACCAGUGAAGUGUAGGUCAAUUAUGAUUUGGCUGAGAUCAGAUGAUGUUGAGCAUGAGCUUGCUCCCGGCUGAAGCUUUCAUCCAAUGAGUCUACAGGAUCUGUAUUACUAACGCUGGUGUCAAGUUCAGCAGCAAGAUUAGUCUGUAGAACAUACACUAGUCAGUGAUUAGCCAACAUUUUACUACUUUGUCCCAAUCAAUACGCACUAAAGCAAGGUACUAUGUAUACCCACCCCCCUCGUGUCAAUAGAUCAUGCAUACUAACCUUCACACACAAUACCCACCCCCAACAGGCACCAGUCAGUCACCCACACAUCUCCUUACUAGUAACUCUGCUUUUCUCCAAUUUAGACUUUAAGCUUUGCAUAAACAAUAAACUAAGCCUCCAUAAUACAGAGAACUACAGUAGACGUUGUAGCCUACUAAUAACACACCAACUAUUACCACAAGACACAAACCAUGUUUAUGCCUAGCUUAGUAUACAGUGCAUUCAGAAAGUAUUCAGACCCCUUCACUUUUUCCACAUUUUGUUACGUUACAGCCUUAUUCUAAAAUGGAUUAAAUCGUUUUUUCCCCCUCAUCAAUCUACACACAAUACCCCAUAAUGAUGAAGCAAAACACAUUUUUACAAAUGUAUUAAAAAUAAAAAACGGAAAUAUCACAUUUACAUAAGUAUUCAGACCCUUAACUCAGUACUUUGUUGAAGCACCUUUGGCAGCGAUUACAGCCUCGAGUCUUCUUGGGUAUGACGCUACAAGCUUGGCACACCUGUAUUUGGGGAGUUUCUCCCAUUCUUCUCUGCAGAUUCUCUAAAGCUCUGUCAGGUUGGAUGGGGAGCGUUGCUGCACAGCUACUUUCAGGUCUCUGCAGAGAUGUUAGAGCGGGUUCAAGUCCGGGCUCUGGCUGGGCCACUCAAGGACAUUCAGAGACUUGUCCUGAACCCACUCCUGCGUUGUCUUGGCUGUGUGCUUAGUGUCGUUGUCCUGUUGGAAGGUGAACCUUUGCCCCAGUCUAAGGUCCUGAGCACGCUGGAGCAGGUUUUCAUCAAGGAUCUCUCUGUACUUUGGUAUUAUGGUCUCCCGAGUGGUGCAGUGGUCUAAGGCACUGCAUCGCAGUGCUAGCUGUGCCACUAGAGAUCCUGGUUGAAAUCCAGGCUUAUUUUGUAUUUUUGUUUGGACAUAAUUUUUAAACUGGCCCCCCGUGGGAAUCGAACCCACACACAAUUGGCCCAGCGUCGUCCAGGGUAGGGGAGGGAAUGGCCGGCAGGGAUGUAGCUUAGUUGGUAGAGAAUGGCGUUUGCAACGGCAGGGUUGUGGGUUCGAUUCCCACGGGGGGCCAGUAUAAAAAUAAUGUCCAAAUAAAAAAAUUAAAAAAAACAUUGUAUGCACUCACUAACUGUAAGUCACUCUGGAUAAGAGCGUCUGCUAAAUGACUAAAAUGUAAAUGUACUUUGCUCCGUUCAUCUUUGCCUCGAUCCUGACUAGUCUCCCAGUCCCUGCCACUGAAAAACAUCACCACAGCAUGAUGCUGCCACCACCACCAUACUUCACCAUAGGGAUGGUGCCAGGUUUCCUCCAGACGUGACGCUUGGCAUUCAGGCCAAAGAGUUCAAUCUUGGUUUCAUCAGACCAGAGAAUCUUGUUUCUCAUGGUCUGAGUCCUUUAGGUGCCUUUUGGCAAACUCAUGUGCCUUUUACUGAGGAGUGGCUUCCGCAUGGCUACUGACCAUAAAGGCCUGAUUGGUGGAGUGCUGCAGAGAUGGUUGUCCUUCUGGAAGGUUCUCCCAUCUCCACAGAGGAACGCUGGAGCUCUGUCAGAGUGACCAUCAGGUUCUUGGUCGCCUCCCUGCCAAGGCCCUUCUCCCCUGAUUGCUCAGUUUGGCCGGGGGGCCAGCUCUAGGAAGAGUCUUGGUGGUUCCAAACUUCUUCCAUUUAAGAAUGAUGGAGGCCACUGUGUUCUUGAGAACCUUCAAUGCUGCAGACAUUUUUUGGUACCCUUCCCUAGAUCUGUGCCUCGACACAAUCCUUUCUCGGAGCUAUGUGGACAAUUCCUUCGACCUCAUGGCUUGGUUUUUGCCCUGACAUGCACUGUCAACUGUGGGACUUUAUAUAGACAGUUGUGUGCCAUUCCAAAUCAUGUCCAAUCAAUUGAAUUUACCACAGGUGGACUCCAAGUUGUAGAAACAUCUCAAGGAUGAUCAAUGGAAACAGGAUCCACCUGAGCUCAAUUUCGAGUCUCAUAGCAAAGGGUCUGAAUACUUAUGUAAAUAAGGUAUUUCUGUUUUUUCUUUGUAAUACAUUUGGAAAAAUAUCUAAACCUGUUUUUCGCUUUGUGAUUAUGGGGUAUUGUGUGUAGAUUGAUGAUUUUUUAAAUUUAUUUAAUCAAUUUUAGAAUAAGGUUGUAACGUAACAAAAUGAGUAUUUAUUUGCUCAUCAUGGAGUCAAGGAAAGAUUUAGCAAAGGUGACUUGCACUAGUUCCUGUUGCUGAGCUUGAUGUUGAUGCCACCUCAGAUGUUGGCGGGAUCGGACUGUAGAUAGAACACAUAGGCCAGUCAAGUUAGCUAGCCAACUAACUACUGCAGAGGCUAGUUAGAUACGGUCCGGUAGUCUGUAGCUAACCUAAUUUAACGCAGCUAACAUUAGCUUGCAAAGUUACAAAUCACAUCGCCAGAUAGCAGCUGGCUAAUUACAUAGAUUUGCUUUGGAAUGUCUACCCAGCGUAUUAUGAAAGCUAGCUAGAAUUUGGUUUAGAUAAACAAAUGUAGUUCUUUAGCUAGCUAGCUAAGUUAGCUACGUUACCUCUGCUCGACCUCUUAGUAAGAAAACCAAUGAAAUGUUACCCCAGCAGCCUCUGCUUGCUUGUAGUUUGCACAUCCAGGGACUGAGCACCACACCAUGACUAAACUUGACAGUUGUUGUCAACACAAAAAUAAAUAGACCAUCAGCUUGCGAAUAACUAUGAACGAGUGGUCGGUCCAGUGAGUAACGUUAGCUGUGUGUUGACACCCAUUCUCAACUGGAUCCACCUCGGCAGGGGUGGUACUACGUUCUGAAAUCGCUGUAAAAUUCUGGAUAUUGGGGUUUGCUUACAAACAGGAAAUGCAGAUGGCCUGUUUCUAGUGGUGAGAUGCAGAAAUGCUCGCAUUUGCAUGUAGUGAGGAAAUUCUUUGGCACAUUGCCCAUUUUAAUAUGUUAUUAACAUAAAAUAGCCUGUGAAAGAGCAGCGGUGAAAUUUCCCUUCAGCAUUACCUUUUUAAUGAGAGGCUUGACACUGUUGUCUACCAGUGCUUUUUGAGCCGGUGUGAUUUAGCCUCGGCACUCAUGAUGAUUUUAAACUGGUAAGGAUGCGUUUUUGAUUUGUAUUUAGCCAUUAGCCCAUCCGUAAUAGCGCCACUAGCUAUCCAGCUUACGCCAUUACUUUUUACCCCAUCUUCAAGUUCAGACUGUGCGCGAUGUGAUUCAUUCCACUUUGAACUUGAUAUUGGCAAUAUGUCUUGAAAUUUAAUUUACAGAUUGUGGUAUGUUUGGCUUUUUAAGCCAAUUUUGUCUAACCACGGUGGGAUAAUGUAAAUGAGGCUUUGAUUGGAUAGUAGCCAGGAGCUUAAACUGUCGGAUAUUUGUGAAAUUAGUUUGACAGUUUGCGCGAACAAAUACAUUUGCUUCUGGUAGCUCGCGAUCGACCUGUUGUAGACCCCUGAUGUAGUGACUAACAGGCCUCCUACACUGGACACGUAACUUUUGCCAAGCUUGAGAUGCUCCUAUUCAUUUCAAUGAAACCUGGACGUAAGCAGCAUUCUAUUUUCCAUAAUUCGACACGCGGCUCACGCACAAGAAUUGAUCAAGUGGCUUGCGCUCUGCUGACGCCGGAAAAACGUUAUGGGUCCAGUGUAGCAGCUAAACCAAUGUUUUCCCCGACGCCCCAGUGUAGCUCCCUGUUAAUGUCUUUCUCUUGUUUCCAGAUUCAGGUACUAUCAGAACGUAUGCACUCAGAGUUACUCCACAGUGUGGUGGGACUGGCCACGAUGGCAGAGAGAGGUCGACUGGAUGGCACUCAAUGGCAUCAAUCUGCCUUUGGCAUUUACUGGACAAGAGGCCUUGUGGCAAGAGGUAACGAGAUCCCAUACUGUGUGGUGUGUGUGUGUGUGUGUGUGUGUGUGUGUGUGCUGAGGUGGAGCAAACUGGAGUGCGUAUUACAACUAAUUUCCUACUAAGAGGUGUGGGUAAUGCCAGGUAAAAGUGCAAAGUAAUUUUUUGCUAACUUUUUCCUAUUUAAAUUCAUAUUUUGUCCUAAAACUGUAUUGUAUUUUAGACCAGUGUUCAAAAUGGCAACUCUGACAUCUAGCUGUUUUUGAUGGAUUAGGUGUACCUCUCACUGGGGCUGAACCAGACUGAAAUUGACCACUUCUUCACCGGCCCCGCCUUCCUAGCUUGGAACCGUAUGGGGAACCUGUUCCAGUGGGGCGGACCCCUACCACAGUCCUGGCAUGUGAAGCAGCUCUACCUCCAAGUACUAGCAUUUUGAUUGGUCUACAUACAAACAUGGGUUCCCCCCUGCAUUUGGAAUAAUAAUGAUAUACACUACCAGUCAAAAGAUUGGAAACACCUACUCAUCAAGGGUUUUUCUUUAUUUGUACUAUUUCCUACAUUGUAGAAUAAUAGUGAAGACAUCAACACUAUGAAAUAACACAUAUGGAAUCAUGUAGUAACCAAAAAAGUGUUUAAAAAAUGUAUAUAUUUUAUAUUUGAGAUUCUUCAAAGUAGCCACCCUUUGCCUUGAUGACAGAUUUGCACACUCUUGGCAUCAGCUUCAUGAGGAAUGCUUUUCCAACAUUCUUGAGAUGGUGCGGUCCAACUCAUCCCAAACCAUCUCAAUUGGGUUGAGGUCAGGUGAUUGUGGAGGCCAGGUCAUCUGAUGCAGCACUCCAUCACUCUCCUUGGUCAAAUACCCCUUACACAGCCUGAAGGUGUGUUUUGGGUCAUUGUCCUGUUGAGAAACAAAUGAUAGUCCCACUAAGCGCAAACAAGAUGGGAUGGCGUAUCGCUGCAGAAUGCUGUGGUAGCCAUGCUGGUUAAGUGUGCCUUGCAUUCUAAAUAAAUGACAGUGUCACCAGCAAAGCACCAUCACACCUCCUCCUCCAUGCUUCACGGUGGGAACGACACAUGCGGAGAUCAUCCGUUCACUUACUCUGCGUCUCACAAAGACACGGCGGUUGGAACCAAAAAUCUCAAAUUUGGACUGAUCAGACCAAAGGACAGAUUUCCACCAGUCUAAUGUCCAUUGCUUAUGUUUCUUGGCCCAAGCAAGUCUCUUCUUAUUAUUGGUGUCCUUUAGUAGUGGUUUCUUUGUAGCAAUUCGACCAUGAAGGCCUGAUUCACGCACUCCUCUGAACAGUUGAUGUUGAGAUGUGUCUGUUACUUGAACUCUGUGAAGCAUUUAUUUGGGCUGCAAUUUCUGAGGCUGGUAACUCUAAUGAACGUAUCCUCUGCAGCAGAGGUAACUCUGAGUCUUCCUUUCCUGUGGCGGUCCUCAUGAGAGCCAGUUUCAUCAUAGCGCUUGAUGGUUUUUGCGACUGCACUUGAAGAAACAUUCCAAGUUCUAGAAAUUUUCCGGAAUGACUGACCUUCAUGUCUUAAAGUAAUGAUGGACUGUCGUUUCUCUUUGCUUAUUUGAGCUGUUCUUGCCAUAAUAUAGACUUGGUCUUUUACCAAAUAGGGCUAUCUUCUGUAUACCACCCCUACCUUGUUACAACACAACUGAUUGGCUCAAACGCAUUAAGAAGGAAAGAAAUUCCACAAAAUAACUUUUUAACAAGUUGCACCUGUUAGUUGAAAUGCAUUCCAGGUGACUACCUCAUGAAGCUGGUUGAGAGAAUGCGAAGAGUGUGCAAAGCUGUCAUCAAGGUAAAGGGUGGCUAUUUGAAGAAUCUCAAAUAUAAAAUAUAUUUUGAUUUGUUUAACACUUUUCUGGUUACUACAUGAUUCCAUACAUGUUAGUUUUGAUAUCUUCACUAUUAUUCUACAAUGUAGAAAAUAGUAAAAAUAAAGAAAAACCCUUGAAUGAGUAGGUGUGUCCAAACUUUGACUGGUACAAUAUGUAAUAUAUUUCUUCUGCACUCCAGUUCAAGAUUUUAGACCGAAUGAGAUCCUUUGGAAUGCUGCCUGUCCUGCCGGCUUUCUCUGGGAUUGUGCCUCAGGGCAUCGCCAGGUAUGACUGCUGAUUCAAAACUGUUUCCUCAAUCCUUGGCUUCCGUUAUAUAUUUGUUGUUGUUGGAAUACCAAAUAAAUUGCCUUUUUGCGGUAUUUGAAUCAGUUAAGAUCAAUGUGCUCGGCAACAAUGUUUUCCUGGAUUGUUCAGUCCUUGUUUGUUCCAUUUCCUAGGCUCUUUCCGAAAGCCAACGUGACCAAACUGGCGCCCUGGAGCCAUUUCAACUGCAGCUACUCCUGCGCCUACACCCUGGACCCCCGUGACCCCCUCUUCCAUUCGAUCGGCUCCCUGUUCCUGUCUCAGCUGGUCAAGCAGUUUGGCACAGACCACAUCUACAACACAGACACCUUCAACGAGAUGACGCCGACCUCCUCGGACCCCACCUACUUGUCCGCGGUCAGCCGCGCCGUCUUCGCCACAAUGACCUCAGGUGAGACGUGCACGCCGAACGACGCAAAAACUGCAGUCUGUUCAUUAGCGGACACUAGCUUUGUUUGCCGCUAACGUGUUAGUAGUUUUUCUCUCCCGGGAAUGCCGGCCACGUCAGUGAGCGGGCUGUUCAAAUGGCAGUAUACAUUGGGUUGUAAUUAAUGUAAUUGUCCUAGUUUCAUAACCCCAGGCUGACCGGCCAUAGUGCCACCGGUGGGGGUUGUACACAGACCCCUUGCCCAUAAAAAGAGCUCUGCCUUUCUUCUCCCUCACCCCAAAAUCUGUUUUUGUCUCCAGUGGAUCCCCGGGCCAUUUGGCUGAUGCAGGGCUGGCUCUUUGUGUAUGACACAGCAUUCUGGAAGCCUGCCCAGAUUCAGGCCCUUCUGCACGGAGUUCCCAUCGGUCGGAUGAUCGUGCUGGACUUGUUUGCAGAGUCCACGCCGGCUUUCUCCUUAACCAAGUCUUUCUACGGCCAGCCCUUCAUAUGGUGCAUGCUUCACAACUUUGGCGGCAACAGCGGGCUCUUUGGCACGGUGGAGAGCAUCAACUCUGGGCCGUUCGAUGCACUCGCCUUCCCCAACUCCACCCUGGUUGGGCUCGGGCUGGCGCCGGAGGGCAUUGAGCAGAACCCUGUGGUGUACGAGCUGAUGAGCGAGUUGGCGUGGCGCAAAGAGCCAGUCAACCUGGCCAAGUGGGUGUCGCUGUAUGCGGUUCGCCGCUACGGCAGCACCCACGAGAACCUGACAGCCGCUUGGAGACUGCUUUUUGCUAGCAUUUACAAUUGCACCGUGCCCCACUACAAGAACCACAACCACAGUCCGCUGGUGCACCGGCCCUCGCUGCACAUGAACACGGAGGUGUGGUACCAGCGGGCCGACCUGUACGAGGCCUGGAGGCUGUUGUACCAGGCGGCCUGGCCUCUCAUGGCCCGGGAGACGUUCCGCUACGACCUGGUGGACGUCACCCGGCAGGUUCUGCAGCUUCUCACCACCGACUACUACCGCGAGAUCCGGGAUGCCUUCCAGGGCCAGAAGCUUCCUGAACUCCUUACGGCGGGUGGUGUGCUGGUGUACGACCUCCUCCCCGAGCUGGAGCGCCUGCUGUCCAGCAACAGCCACUUCCUGCUGGGGACGUGGUUGGAUCGGGCACACUCCCUGGCCCUGGAUGAGGCGGAGGCUCGGCUGUACGACAUGAAUGCCCGGAACCAGAUCACCCUGUGGGGGCCCGAGGGCAACAUUCUGGACUAUGCCAGCAAGGAGUGGGGCGGCCUGAUGGAAGACUACUACUCCCAGCGAUGGAGCCUGUUUGUUAACACCCUGGUGGAGUGCCUGGAGAGAGGCCGACCCUUCAGGCAAGACGCUUUCAACCAAGCCGUCUUCCAGGUGGAGAAGGGCUUUGUUUUCAACAACCGGAAGUACCCCUCCAAACCGCAGGGGGACACCUACAACAUAGUCAGCAGAAUCUUCCUCAAGUAUUAUCCACAUGCUUUGAAGAGACUAAAGUGA